AUGUCGUUUAGUGCACCUUCAGAUCCCGUGAAUAGGCCUACAAAAGUGAAGGUCUCGCAGUUGUGUGAACUUUGUCAUUCGAGAAAGGCUCUUAUUAAAAGACCUAAGAAUCUAUCUAAACUUUGCAAGCAAUGUUUUUGCCUCGUAUUUGAAACGGAGAUCCACAAUACGAUUGUGACGAACAGUCUAUUUCAAAGGGGAGAACGAAUAGCUGUGGGAGCAUCCGGUGGUAAGGAUUCCACGGUGUUGGCGCAUAUGUUGAAGCUAUUGAACGACCGUCACGAUUAUGGUAUAGAAAUUGUACUGCUGAGCAUUGACGAAGGGAUUGUUGGAUACAGAGAUGAUUCUUUGGCCACAGUGAAGAGAAACCAACAGCAGUAUGGACUUCCUCUGGAGAUUUUCUCUUUCAAGGAUCUCUACGACUGGACAAUGGACGAGAUCGUAUCUGUUGCGGGGAUAAGAAACAGUUGCACUUAUUGCGGUGUUUUCAGAAGACAAUCAUUGGACCGUGGUGCUGCGAAGCUAGGGAUAUCACACGUUGUCACCGGUCACAAUGCUGAUGAUAUGGCCGAGACGGUGCUAAUGAAUAUCCUACGUGGCGAUGUAGCAAGACUGGAGAAAUCAACAGCGAUCAUCACACAAAGUAGCGGAUCUCCUAUCAAGAGAUCAAAACCAUUCAAAUAUUCUUAUCAGAAGGAGAUCGUGCUGUAUGCGCAUUACAUGAAGCUCGAUUACUUUUCUACCGAAUGUACAUAUGCACCAGAAGCCUUUAGAGGUACUGCGCGAGAAUAUAUGAAGAACCUGGAGGCAGUAAGGCCUAGUUGUAUUGUAGAUAUCAUCCAAAGUGGCGAAAAUUUGGCUUUGAAGGCCAAAAAAUCGAACGCUAAGAAGAGAGUCGUCAAGUUUGUUGACGGCAAUAGGUGUACCAAAUGUGGAUAUCUAUCGUCGAAUAGCAUUUGUAAGGCGUGCAUGUUGCUGGAGGGACUGGAAAAAAGCAGAGCUCAAGUGGCUAUCGAAAAUGAUACUUCCACACAUAGUGCAGCUUUGAAGCUGAGAGCGUUGGAGAAACUCAGCUUUUGA